GAGGGUGGCGGCCCAGCGCGCAGCGAGUCCGCGGGAGUCGGGGAAGUGGGGCCGCCGGGCGCGCGGGGCGAGCGGCGAGCGGAGCCGGCCGGAGCGGGCCGGGCAGCAGCCGCCGCCGUCCCGGAGCGCGUGGGCGGGCGGGCGGGAGGAUGGAGCUGAAUUCCCUGCUGAUCCUGCUGGAGGCGGCCGAGUACCUGGAGCGCAGGGACCGAGAGGCCGAGCACGGCUACGCCUCGGUGCUGCCUUUCGACGGCGACUUCGCCAGGAAGAAAACAAAGGCGGCCGGCCUGGUGCGCAAGGCCCCGAACAACAGGUCUUCACACAAUGAACUAGAAAAGCACAGACGAGCCAAACUCAGGCUCUACCUGGAGCAGCUCAAGCAGCUGGUGCCCCUGGGCCCUGACAGCACCCGCCACACCACACUGAGCCUCCUGAAGCGCGCCAGGAUGCACAUCAAGAAACUGGAGGAGCAGGACCGCCGGGCGCUGAGCAUCAAGGAGCAGCUGCAGCGGGAGCACCGCUUCCUGAAGCGGCGCCUGGAGCAGCUAUCGGUGCAGAGCCUGGAGCGCGUGCGCACAGACAGCACAGGCUCUGCAGUCUCCACAGACGACUCGGAGCAAGAAGUGGACGUAGAGGGCAUGGAGUUUGGCCCCGGCGAGCUGGACAGUGUUGGCAGCAGCAGUGACGUGGACGACCAGUACAGCCUGCAGAGUGGUGGCUGCAGUGACGGCAGCUACGGGCCCCCCUGCCGGCGGCCUGGUCGCCCCAGCCUCUCGUAGGCCUGGUGCCCUCUGCUCCUUGGCCCGCCUGCCUGCCUGCCUGGCCAAGUGUGUCAACCCUCCAGUCCUCGCAAGCCUCUGCACAGGCCCACUGCUGUGCCAUUCUGGAAGCUCCAGCUGCCACCUGGGCUGCCCGCCUCCGCCCGCCUGCCGGUCAGGGCCCGCCGCGCCGCCCGCCCCUCCCAGCUGGACAGGGACCCCUGCAGGGAGGCGGGGCCCAGCUCUCACAUCCCGGAGCCCAGCGUAGCCGCCCACGGUCUGUUCUCAGAUUCCUAAUCAUUCCAGAAGUAUUAAAUAUCAUUGCUGCAAACCUCGGCGGGCGCCGUGUGAGGGGCUUAAUGACCACUGCGGGGAGCUCAGACCCCAACCCUGGAUCCCAGGACCGAGGAAGGAAGGAAGGCGUGGCUCUCCGUCCAUCCAUCUGUCCAUCUAUCUGUCGGUCCACGUAGGCUCCUGAGGCAUGGACAGAGGGAUCCAUGAAGGGCGGGACUCGGGUGAGCACCCUGGGACAGGUGGGCGGAGAGGGGCCCUUGCACCCCACUGGUGUCGGGAGCCAAGGCUGGAUUCCUGGGGUCAGGCUGGGCUCCUGGGGUCAGGCCGGGCCACCCCACACCAAGCUGGGCGGCUUCUGCUCUGUUAGGUCCCUCAGAUGUACACACGCACACGCCUAGGCACACAUGCCCAUCUGCACACGCACCCACACACACACGCACACACACACACACACACACACACGAUCACCAGAUCCAGAGAUCCCAGCACCCACAGGGCACACGUCCUGGGGUGAUUGGCCGUCAGGGGUCACCUGGGCUAAUGCUGGCUCCUGGCCUCUGCCUGGCUCCCCUUCUCCCCCCAGCUCACCUGCCCAGGCUGCACAGGGCAGGGGGCUUCUCCUCCCAGCAGGGCUGAGGUGUGCUGGGGGCCAGCGAGUUGAUGCCACUGGGUUCUCAGGGGGCUUUCUUAUCUCCCUUUAAAAAAAAAAGCAAAAAAAAUUGCUGCACUGCCUAGCAGCCCAGAACAGGGCUCUGGGAGAGAGGCUUUUCCCAAAAACAAACGAGAAGCAUUUUUAAAAAGAGAAAAAAGCUCUAAAGACUCCCAGCCAAGUGACGUCAGCGUGUGCCGCCUCUAUUUCCUGUAGGAGAUUUUUGUACUCUAUUUUCCUAGCCGUUGUUGCGUCCUUGUUUGCUGAGGGGUGGGAGCAACCCAGCAUCUCAGGGACUCGUCUGUCUGUCACCGUUGUCCAAGUGUGCCUUGUGUCCCGUGUCUGGCCCCACCCUGACCACCACCACCAGCAUCUCCCUCGUGGCUCACGGGACGUCCCCAGCCUGCCCAGCAGGUGCCCUCCUUCCCUCCUCUCCAUGGGGCAGCCCCUCUCAGCAGCCAUGGCUCCCUGGGAGUGAGAGACUGCUGGGCCAGGUUCUGUCACCUGGCAAGAGGGGCUGUGAUCCGGCCCCCCAAUGCUGCCCUCCCUGGCAGCUGGCAGGGACCUGCUGUGCAUUCUGGCCUCCUAGUUGGAGGCCUGCUAACCAGAGAAAUACGUUCUCCCCUGUACCCAGCUUGAACCCUCCCCGCUCCCCUAGCCUGGGGCGAGGGCUCCAGAUUUCAGACAGUGGCAGCUCAUGAAGACAACUGUUCACCCUGGGUGGUCAGGCCUGAGCAUUAGGAGGCUUAUUCUGGCCUUUUGUUCCCGAUGUCCUUGUCCCUGGGGACCAUACAGCAAUAUUUGGGUGGCAGGCUGUGGGGCUGACCUGCAGCAGUGACUGCCUCCCUCUCUGGUGCAUUGUAACCAAUUUCCAGAUCGUGGGGGAAAAUUCAUGUUUAUCUUUGGUCACGCCAACAGACACCCCAGGGUGGGUGGCCUACUGAGGCAGAAAGGGGUCCCUGGAAAAGCUCUGGCACAGAAUCUGCCCUACGGGGCUCGGGAUGUUGGAUGAAGAGCAGGCUUGUAGGGACACAGUGCAUGGAGCUGGGGAGACUGUCCAAACGGCUUGUUGGUGUUUGCAAGGAAAACUGUUCUGUCAGCAUCUCCUUGCAGCUCCACUGGGGUCUGGAGUGCCCAGUAAGGGCUUCUCCUGUCUGCUUGAGCAUGUCCACUGAGCGUUCCUUGCGAGCACCCCAACACCAGCUGAGCAUGGCGGGAAUUCCUGUGUUUGAGAGCCUGCUUCAGGAGACACAGUACCAGGCCCUGGGAUGGUCUGUGUGCUGAAUUUUUAAAGCAUCAGGUCCCUGCCCCACCCCCCAACACCUGGGGGAGGUUCUGCUCCCACCUCUCGCCAGCAGAAUCCUACGCAGGUGGCCACUUGUGGCCCUUAGUCAAACUUCCUGGCAGCUCAGCCUAUAGCUUUUCAGGCCGUGGUUCCCAAGUGGGCUGGGGAGUUGGCCUCCCUGGCCACCCAGGGGUGCUGUGGUCCCAGAUGCCCUCCUUGCCACCAGCAGAUAUGUGAGGGGUAGUCCUUGGGGGUCAGGUUCUGGUGCUAGGAGUUACUCACAUAUCCAUCCGCCCUCCCUCUGGCUCCCUGCCAUUUACACAGGUGGCCACAGGGACCCAGACAGGGCCCUGCUGAGGCAACGCUGGAUUGUUAAGAACAUAUCUGAGCGUUGUCAGGUCUGUAGAAAGCAAAUGGGAUCAGGACAGGGCCAUUGGGGUGCCUGUGCCCUCUGUCCAUGUGCCCUUCCAUGCCCAUGUGGGCCACUGUGGCACUCGGUGGCCGAGAUCCUGGAAACCCCAGGCUCAGGUUUGGGUCCCCACCCUCACUAGGAGGUGGCCCCCACAUGCCAGGAGACUACCACCCCGGUGCAGGCCUAGCUAGCUAGGGAGGCUGUAGGAAGGCUUCCCUUCCUCGGAACCCUGGGCCCCCCUCUGCAGAUGGGGUCUUGGAGGCAUGGUGCCCAAGCCUGGUUUCCCAGGUGGAUUCCUAACUAUGGCCCCCUUUUCUGCCCCAGACAAUCUCCAUCUGCUGGAUGUGGCAGGCUUCCCCCACUCCCUCACCCUUGUCCCUCUCUAGGCCAGCUAACCUGGGGCCCUCUCCCCACUGCCCGGCACACAGGACUCUGACCCCUGGCCACAUCUAGGGCAGUAGGGCAGGUUCUGUGCCGGAGGCUGGGGCUGCCCAGAGGGCCUGGUGCUGGCCAGGUGGGUGCAUUACAAGAUCCUUGCUGGAGAGAGAUGGGCCACCCACCCGCCUGUUCACCGGGAGGGACUGUGCUGUACCAUUCUGUCUUUGUAAUAUAAAUACAGAUUUUUAUACCUCA